CGUCUCCGGUUUCGUGACARUCCGUGACGGAGAUUGUUGUCCCGUACAACGGUUUGAACAACGUGCGAUUGCGGUUGCUCUCCCAGAGAUCCUACAAAGCGCAACGGAACSAUGUCCUACGAUUACGACGCCCUCGUGGCGGACAUCACCGAGUCCCGGCGGUUGGCGAGGGAAGCGGAAGAAGCCGCGAUCGGGACGAAGAGCGAGGGCGGAGAGCCAGAGAGUUCGGAGGCGCAUGCGCAGAGCCAACUCGCAGUCGUGGAACACCUGACGACCUCCGUCGACCGGUUCGAGACCCUGAGCGGCCACUGUCCYAUGACGCCCCUGCUCUGGAUGCAAUACGCCCUGGACGCUUCCGAGCUGGUGCGGAUGGUUUCGGAAGAGGCACCGGGAAAAGGGGUGAGCAACGAGGCCCUCCAGACCGGGCUCCAGUUGCUGGAGCUGGGGUUGCACGAGUUUCCCGGGUCGGCAGUCCUGAGGCUGCACUACGUCGAGGUGAUGAUGGCAUGGGCCGGGGGUCGGCUUGGGGAGGACGUCCAAAACGACCAAACCCAAGACGCCGUCGARGAAUGCAAAACGGCUCUCGAAAAGGCCAUCGAGGUCCUGGGAGACGGAUCGCAUCGCAACGAAUCGAGGUUGGUCGUGGAGUUUUUCAAGCACAGGUGCGACGUCGAGCGAUGGMCCGGUAAUGAUAGCAACARAGACCUUYUACAAAAGACGAUAUCGGACUUGUUUUUGAAACGAGCUGCGAUUCCCAUGGGCGAUGGUGUCAAUGCAGGCCUCGGCGAGGAAUACGCCAACUUUUGCACGAAUUCGUUGAAAACUGCACCGGAUGCAACCACACUAUCUCGGAUCGAGACGAACCGUCGAUUGGAAUCCAAGCACUUUGGGUUCCUAGUGACCCACGAAGACGACAUCGAUGUUGCCUUGAAGAUGGAAGCAGGAGUUUCCAACCGGGAUGGCAUCGAUCGGGUACUAGCAGCGAAUUCGGACAGCGACACGGASGCUGACAAUCGCAUUGAUGCAACAGCAGUUCUUUCGAAAUGGAAACGCAUUCUGAACCAGGAAAGUGGCAGCRAUUCUACAGGCUGUUGGAUGGCAUUGGGCGGACCGCACACGGCGAACGCAUUCGUCAAAUACGCCMAAGCCUGUAUUCGAUAUCGAAGUCCCCGGGGKWCCUACAACGAUGAAACCAUCGACGAGGAAGAGAAAAAGAACGAAAGUCUACUUGCCGCGAAAAUCAAGAACAUGUCCUUGUCGAUCUACGAACGGGGGGUUGCCGAAUGCCCGACGGUCGAAUCCAUUUGGCUGUCUUAUUUGCAACAGCUCAACUACCUGAUCGAACAGACGGAAGUGGAGCUCCGCGAGGCAAACCGUGCCGAAUCCACGGCAGCAACAGAAGCACAAACCACCGACAUUCGACAACGGCGAUCGAAAUUGCUGGCAGACGCUUCUGCGGUAGUCGAUCGUGCGAUACGGAACUGUCCGUACAGCACCGAGUUGGUAAAGGUCAAACUCGUGCUCGUCUUGCGCCGUGUCAACGCUGGAAUGCUGGUGCUGGAUCCAGAGAAUCUGAUGACGGAGCUCAUCCUGAAGGAAACACUCGCGAAUGGAUUCGUCGUAGCAGAAUCAGGGGAAAACGGUCCGGCUGCCGCACUCGAACUAUUCGGGGCCCUCCUGGACAUUGUUCGGAAGAGGAUAUUGUUCUUGUUGGCGGAGUUUGAUCAAACAAAAGUGACAACAACCACAACGAACUCUCAAAAGAAAARAUCAAAGACCACGGUAACAACCACACUCCAAUACGACGACCCCGAAUCCAUCCAAGGGAUCUUGUCGCCAAACAAAGCUAAUCCUGGUGAUGCUUCAAAUGGGAAGCGGAUGAGCGACUAUCUUCUGCAAGAGCUCGAAGAUCUUUGCAUUGAUCUCCGGGAAAUAUUUGACGAGGCCGAAUCSUAUCUGCGAAAGAACCAAGGAAAGUUUUCCAACAAAACAUCCAUCGAAGACGGUCGUGCCGCACUCGCCAAAGAAAAAGCCCUCACGGAAACCCACCUGGUGGCACCCCUCCUUCGCACGAUACAAUUCCUCCAAUCACAAAACGACAACGAACUCGAAACAAGGCGAGCCGCACAAAGCAAGGGCCGAGAGACACUGGCGGGAGUCUUGCGACACCACGACAAGGCAGCAAAGAUCGUACAGCCGAUYCACCCGAGUGUCUACUUGUCUUACAUUCAAGCGUUAACGGCCUCGAAUUCCGUGGUUUCCACAAUACUGUCGUUCCCUACCGACGUUUUGGCCAAUUUGCGGCGGCUCCGAUWUCUGUAUCAAAAGGCACUCAAGUCCGUUGGAAAACCCAAAGACAGAAACAAAAACGUGCAAACAUCCUCGGCAGGAAUAUCCGAAGCAGACGAACUCGAUUACGAAACAUCCUUGCGAUGUCUUUGUCGAGAUUAUCUGAUGUUUGAACGGCAUUUUGGUUCCGCUCGAUCCUACGAAGAUUGUGCCAAGUCUAUACAAAAAAAGAUGGCCAAAACGUUCGCUUUGAACCGCAACAACAAUGKCACAGGUGUUGCAACAACGAUCGUCAACGAAGAUUCAACAGCAAUUCCGAUGGAUCUUGAUAACAGUCCUUCUAGUACUAUGGAAAUACCAGACGAAGCAACCCAAAAGCGGAAACGGGAAGUUGACGAUGAACCUCGAAACCAAGAYGAAGAAUCACCCAGUGGCAAAGAUCUCUUACCACCAACGAAGAGGAAAAAAGAGGAAARCGACAAAGUCCAAACUGCUCCAAAGUCUUCGGAGCUGGCCGAGAAAGUGUCCAAUCCAACAACCUUYAAAGAAAUCGAAGAAGCCAAGGGCAACCUAAAACAUCCCAAACACAAGGUAAAGGUAGGAAACCUCGAGUAUCCCGCACAUCCGUUCACCGUUAAGGUCUCGUUUUUGUCUCCAAACACAGAGGACAUGGAUCUAGUGGAUGUCUUKCGUCCAAAAUGCGGGGCCGUGGUCCACGCCAAAAUAAUGCGAGAAAAACACCAUCACCACGGCAAGAAAGGCAAGUCCAAGGGCUGGGCCUUGGUUCAGUUCGAGGAACGAGAGUCGGUGGAAAAGGCACUCGCACUCUCGGACGUUAUUGGGAUACACAUGAAAUCCGUUCGAAUCGAGCGAAGCCAYCUUCCCGCGGUGGGCUUGGUYCCCGCUGGAUUGCACCGGGUCAACCCCAAGGGCGAAGGGAAGAGUACSAAACGRAAUCUUCAMAAGCGAAAAGAGCAACACGACAUUUCCAAGAAAGGGUCGAACWAUGCCCCCACCGAAAAGGGGGAGACAAAUGGUCCUCCAGUGGAAGGGAAAGCGAAGCCUAGUAGGAGUAGCACCAAAUCUACCGGGUCUUCAUCGGGAGCAAGUAUUUUUGCCUUUCGUCCCCGUGGCGUGGCUUCAAAUAUGUCUAGAAAACGAAAGUCCAAAAUCAACAUAUCGGAACAGAAAGAAAAACCCGAAAGAUAGCGACACCACUUCAUAGACUACCGUACUUUGAUAAAAUUGUAGUAUUUUA